AUGUCAGAUAAUAAAGUACUUCCUCCUCCCAAUCAAGACCUUGAAUCCUUGUGCUAUUUAGAGACCAUGUUUGCCGAGCAUGGAUUUGAUGAUGGAUUUAGAGAUGGCGAGCAAUCUGGAGAAUUGGAAGGUCGCAUUUUCGGCUGCGAAAAGGCAUUUGAUCUGGGCAAGGAAAUUGGAUUCUAUUCUGGAUGUGUUGAUAUGUGGACCCAAUUGGCAGCACAACAUCCUGACACUGUGCCUCAAAAAGCCAUGAAACAAAUUGAAGGCCUCAAGAAGCUGGUUGAUGAAUUUCCUACGUUCAAUGACCACGAUGCUGAUUUGUUUGCAUUGAAGGAUAAAAUGAAGAACAAGCUUCGAGUCAUCAGCUCUUUGUUGGGUGUCAAUCAAAAGUACACCAUGACAGAGAAGCCCAAAAUGACCUACUAA